CGAUUUAGCCAGAGGAAAACCAGUUGUUCCGCAUGAUGAGUGAAAAUGGAACGAGUUCAUAUCUAUGGUAUAUCUAUGGUAACCUUGCCUUUUGUGUAACAACGCGCAUUUAAGCCUCUCGUGGGGUCAGGAUUCCAGAUCAUGGCAGGUAUUCAUCUGCCCGAUAUAGGAAAACUGGGAAUUCGUAUCGCAACAGGAAUUCGUGACAAGAAGAAAGUUGCUCCGAGUAACAUGGCUGAAAACGCUAGAUACCAAGCGCUGUCAACGAGACUUGAUUCCGAAAAACACGAGCGAAAUAGGGUGUUGAAUAAGGAAGAAAGACGGAUGAAAAGGAAAAAGCAUCGAAUUGACAAACGCCGCCAGGAUAUCGAAAAAAGUAGAAGGCAAGAAUUGAACGGCAAUGUUGACAUUAGUGACGGUAAACUAUAUCUUCCUUCAAUCUCUCUUCCUAAAACGGCGAUUUCACAUGAUUAUAGAGACGAGUUGUUCAACGAAGAUCAGAAAGACUUCGACCAAUAUCCCGGUAAAUCGUCGUCAGCUAUAUUCCCAAUUCAAGACGAGUUUAGUCGGCUGUUAGAAAGUUCUAGAAGUGAUAGAAGAUUAAGAGAAAAGAGGAAGAUUGUCCAGCUACCUUCAAUUGAAACAAGCUCGGGAGACAGUAAAAUCAAACACAGAAAAACAGCUACUUUGAGGAAAAACUUGAAAGCGAAUAAUCUAAUGAACAAGGAUAAAAACGCGUUAGAAAUUAAAGAUAUGAAUUCAGAAAUUGAAAAGGAAUUAGAAGUUCGACCAAAUCCUCAAAUAGAAACGUUUAAUGUGUCAAAUAAACAAGAUCAGCGAGGGGACAAGGAUAUUUUCUCACCGACAGGGAAAGAGGGAGUUGAAGAUGAAGAUCACAGACACGCUGAAAUAACAGUCAGUACAGAUUUCAUUAUUGACGAAUCAAUCUCCUCCGAAAAUCCAUUUAACUAUUUGUUACUGGAAGAACAGAGGAGGAAGGCGUUCCAUCAGAAUCUAGAGGACGCAUUUAGAGCGAUCAAAACUUGUCGCUACAUCAGAACUCCAAGUCGUAGAGAAAAAGAAACUGACUUUGAUGAAGAAAUCUUAUGAAUAAACCUUUUGAGUUUAUAUUUUCAGACUUUACCAUAAAAAUUUACAAGUAAAGAUUAAUUGCACACGACAUAGUGUAACUAGAUUUCCAAUAAGUUUUAGUUUUUAACCCAAACGUUUUUUACUUCCUCUGUGGCCACAGAAUCGCUAUUGUUCUUUUAAUUAAGUCUGGUCACAUUCCUGCGUUUCAGGGUUCAUAACUGAUUUGGUAUUUGUUACAGACUGUUUGUUUGCUAUUCAGCGUUGAUAAAAGAUGAAUUUCAAUGUUGACAUAUUUGUCUGGUUUAAAACUCUUCUCAUCGCCAAAUUAUACGCAACUUCUGUUCGAUUUCUGAACUAUCUGUGGUAAGAGGGCAGGCUUUCCUUUCUUCAUUUAAAAAAGAAAAGUAAUCUCUUCUGCUAUCAGUGUUAUUUUUUCUUUUCGCGGCUUAGAGAAGUCAAAUAUCUUAAGACAAAUUGAGUAAGAU